AUGGAUGACAAGGCUGCCGUGGCUGUCGCUCUGAGCAAACGGGAUGUGAAAUAUCCCAACAAAUACCAGUAUGACCGGGUGAUUUUAGUGAUGACGGGAGUACAGAAUAGACAGAUCAUCGCCGAAGGCAUGAAGGAGUUUCUCUACCGUGCCCAAAGUCACCGUCCUGGCAUUCCGCACGGUUGGGACACGCGGGUUAGCUGGUUUCAAACACGAGGGAAUAUUAUGGACAAGGAUGUGUCACAUGAGCUUUGGUAUAAGAACCUUCAACCCACGAUGCCAUUACCCUGGGCGACAGGACAGUCUUUGGCCGCAGCCGUCGCCAAGGCGGGUUCAGAUGCUACCGUCGACAUGUUCCAACUGGCUCCAUGUGCGGACACGGACGUUUGGGACUUUAUCAAUGGGGUGCCCAACAUUCGAAAUUACCACCUUUUCUUCGGCUACAAUUCCCGACAGGGAGAUCCGAAAGGCUUGAGCCAUGCAGCUGAACAGAGGCUCGCUAAGAGACAAUCAGACUUCCACGCUACGCUGCAGCAGAAGCUUCAGGCCAAACACCAAUACGGUCGCCUGAUAUUUACUCAAAACGAGCCCACAUUUAAAAACGCACGUGCUGGUUCGCAGAACCUGGACUGGUGUCGUCGCUACUUCCCGGAACAGGACGUCAACAUGUCGCUUUAUGACCGCUUCUGGACCAAACUAAUUCGGGCCGGCAACAAUUACGUUUCAGACUCCGUCAAACUGAGAAUCCCCCAAGACGACGAAAUCUUUCUCAGACAGGUUGUCGAGGCGCGCCAGCAAGACAACGCUUUGCGUCGACAGAUUUACGCUAUGCUGACACAGGCCGGGCAAAGCCAGCAGUUUGUAUCUGCAGACAAAAGGUCGUGGGCUCGUAUGGUCAAGAUCUUGAUCCCCGAGUUUGAGGGCGCACCCAAACCAACCCUGGAGCUGGGAGACGCAAACCACAUUACAGCGAUCUUUAAUUACCUCGAUCAAGAGGCAGGGUACGUGAGUGGAGCGGGACAGCUUCAAUACGCCGUCUGCGACCAGAGUAAUACAAACAACCCUUCGCAGCCCCCGGAUGUUAGAGCGGGGAGUUCGUGGACAGGACAUGGCUUUAUUUUGACAGGCUGUGAUAUUGACCGCGUCCGCGAUGACAUAGCCCGCAUGUUUCAUUAA